UUCUUCCGAACGUUCUUAUCAAUUAAAUUAUGUUAUACGGAUAACGUAAAUAAAAUUGCUACAAGUCGAAACGUGAAAACAUGAUUCGAAAUAAUUCUAAGUCACUAAAAACAUGAAUGACGGCGUGUUGAUGAUUCUUUCAUUGAUGAUUGCUUCAUCGAUGACGUGUUAAUUAAUUAAAGGAUUGAUUUUUUUCUUGCCGGCGAAACUUAACGAUCUUCACCAUUAUCGCAGUGCAACGACGGCCAGGUGCUCAAACAUGCCGUGACCAUCAAUUUAUCGCCCAACGAUGAAAUGACGAUUACGCCGUAUUAGGUGGCACCAUGUUACAUGAAACCUGCUGGAUGUGCACGAUGGCGAUCUCUUAAAUUGGGAAACAGCGUGCCGAUAAAGCCAGGUGACGUUUGCUCUCUGCUGCCUGAUAAAUGUUGGUUCAAGAUCAUCUCGACAGAUACGAUGCAGGAAGGUGAUCAGAUGUUGAAGAGAAAGAUCGAUGAGGUAGAUUUAAAUAAUGAAGUGGACAGUAAAAAGGCCUGCUUAUUGUCAAGCAUGGAAGCUGCUGUAUCUCCUGGCAAAACUUUGAAUGAUGUUCUCCAAGAUAAGGAUCUAUCAAAUGAGGAUAAGGAUUGUCCGGUUAAUGGAAAUGGAGAACAUAGAGACGAAGCUGCUCCAGUUUUGCAGAUCGAUUCUACAAGUGUGCCAGAGGGAAAUGAUAUGACUGCGACAAGUUCCAAGAUGUCAAUAGACUCUCAGGAUGUAAUUGAACCUCCUGUUGACCAGGAGAAUAACAGGAAGCGGAAAAUAAGGAAUAUUAAUUUAACAAAUAAAGCCGCGACAAAUGGUGAAUCAUGCAAAAAGGUCAAAUGGGACAUACACGUCAGUGAUCAGAUCGAAGAAGUUCCGUCGAACAAUUCUCAGUCCGUUGCUAUGCCUCAAGAUCAAGCGAGUACGUCCAAUUUUAAUAGAGUAUCCAGAGAAAAAUGUAGAUAUGGUGCUCAAUGUUAUCGGAAGAAUCCCAAUCACAAGAACAAUUAUAGUCAUCCAGAUGAUUUGGAUUACGAUGAAGUUGACAAUCGGGAGGAGUGUCCGUACGGCGUGAAGUGCUAUCGUAAGAAUCCGCAGCACAAGGCGCAGUUUAAACACACAUUCGCACCGCGUCGUCGUCGAAGAGCCGCUACCCCUAUGCACUUGGUCGUUGUCGAUACGUCUGAAACAGAAGCGUCGUCCGCAGAGGAGUCUGUUGAUGAGUCCGAUUACGAGCCAUCCGUGUAUACAGAGAGUUCGGAUGAUUGGGAUGAUAGGAGUGAAUUAGAAGACGGUACAACCGGCUGACAAUCGUUGAUCUUCCAUAAAAUUGGAUCCUAUAUUUUCAAGAGUGUCCAAAUUAUUGAUGUAA